AUGACAACUAUUUCUUUAGUCAACUUCAACACUGUCUGCGCGACCCUCGGAGGGUUCAUAUCCCUAUUCGGACUUUUGUCUUUCUUAUGCAAGGAGAAAUUUUACUUGUCUAAAGCAUUGAUUUCCCUCCUUGCUGGAGUUGUCUUCUCUCCCAAUGUAGCCAACUUUAUUCGGCCCACAGAGUAUGCAUUGGGAUCGAGUCAGAACGUUAAAAUCAUUACCUUGUACUUUACACGGCUAGUCUUGGGAGUACAAUUGUUCUUGGCCGGCGUCCAACUGCCCAAACGUUAUUUACAGGUCGAAUGGAAGAGCUUGGCACUGUUGCUGGGUCGUGGAAUGACAGUCAUGUGGAAUUUCGUGGCCGCCUGUAUCACUCGCACUGACACAGUACUGUCGAACUCUAUCUUUAAGGGGAAGUUUGCUGAGCGACAUGUCCCACGCGAUUUGCAAAGUAUGAUCAUUGCGGAACCUGGCGCUAAUGAUGGGCUGGGAUAUCCAUUCCUAUUUCUUGCAAUCUAUCUCUUAAAAUAUACAGGCAUGGGAGGGGCAGGAACAAGUGGUGGAGUAGGGAAGGCUGUCGGAAUGUGGUUUUAUGAGACAUGGUGCUACGAUAUUCUUCUGAGCAUACUUUUCGGUGUGGUUGUAGGCUGGCUGUCUCGGACGCUGUUACAUUGGGCAGAAGAAAAUGGUUACGUGGAUCGUGAGAGUUUCUUCGUGUUUGCUAUAUCUCUGGGUCUGUUCACUCUAGGAACCUGUGGUCUGAUUGGGACUGAUGACCUUCUUGCGUGUUUCGUGGCUGGGAAUGUGUUUACUCAGGAUGACUGGUUUCGCCUAGAAACAAUGGACGACUCGCUUCAGCCGACUAUUGAUAUGCCCCUCAACCUUUCAAUAUUCUUGUGGUUUGGCGCUGUAUGCCCCUGGUCUUCCUUCACCGAUGACAGCGUUAUUCCACUCUACCGCCUGUUGUUUCUCAGCAUCCUCAUUCUGCUCGUACGGCGAAUGCCUGCUAUUCUCGCAAUGCAUAGAAGUAUCCAUCAAAUUGAAAAUCUGAAUCAAGCAGCGUUCGUGGGCUUUUUCGGUCCUACUGGUGUCGGCGCUAUCUUUUAUCUUUCCGUCUGCCAAGAGUCCCUGAGUAAAUUCACGGUGGACGGUGAGGUCCGCGCUGAUGCUCAACGUCUUUCAGAAGCAGUUGACGUAAUUGUUUGGUUUUUAGUCGUUUGCAGUAUAGUUGUACAUGGACUUUCGAUACCCCUGGGAAAGGCGGGGUGCCAUCUUCCGAGAACCAUAUCAAAUGCUUUCAGCAACAGCUCGACUCAAGAACCGGCGGUCACUCCGGCUGACUUGCUCCAGCAACCUCGUAGCACUGCAACCCCACUGUCGCACUCGGAACAGUUUAACGCUUGA